AUGGAAGACUAUGAAAGCGAAGGCAUCUGGGUGGCCCAUUUUGACCCGAACUGCUCUUUGAAUUGCCAAAGCCACCACACGGACAUGAUGAGCCGGGACAGGCUCAUCCUGAGGCGGGGCCAGGCCUUUGACGUGUUUCUGCACUUCCAGAAUCGGGGCUGGGACAGCAGCAAAGACCAGAUCACAUUCACUGUGGAGACGGUCUGCAAAGCCAGCCGCCACCGCUCCAUCCAAGUCAGCCUGCUCAUCCCCGCCAACGCCUGCAUCGGCCUCUAUUCCCUGCAGGCACAAGUCCCAUCUGGACAAGGCCCGGGCCCCCGGACCCUGGGGGAAUUCAUCGUCCUCUUCAACCCCUGGUGCCCAGAUGACCUUGUGUACCUAGAGAAUCCAAGCCACCGGGAGGAGUAUAUCCUGAACGAACACGGGAUGGUUUUCCGGGGGUUGCACAAGUACAUUGUUUCUCACCCAUGGCACUUUGGGCAGUUUGAAGAGAACAUGGUGGACAUGUGCCUGAGGGUCCUGGAUAUGAGUGGGAACUUCCAACGGGAUCCAAGCCUCGACUGUUCCUAUCGCAACGACCCUGUCUACGUAAGCAGAGUGGUCAAUUCGAUGCUCUGCAGUCACAGCUCGAACAGUUUGAUGAAGCUGCCCAGAAACAACGAUUCCGCUCAAGGGGUGAACCCCCUGGCGUGGAAUGGAAGCGUCCCUAUUCUGAGCCAGUGGUACGGUUCUGGCUGCAGACCCGUCCGAUUCGGGCAGUGUUCCACCCUGGCAGCUGUCAUGUGCACAGUGAUGAGAUGCUUGGGAAUCCCAAGCCGGGUCGUCACAAACUUCUACUCCACACAGAACGCCUCUGAAGCCUUCAUCAUUGAUGAAUAUUUUGACAGCACAGGCAGGAGUCUGUGUGGCAAGGAGCAUAUCUGGAGACACCAUUGCUGGAAUGAAUCGUGGAUGGUCCGGAAAGAUCUGAAUGAGAGCUGUGGGGAAUGGCAGUAUCUGGACCCGACUCCGAUGGAGACCAGCGGAGGGCUGGUCUGCUGUGGGCCCACCUGUGUCAAAAACAUCCGAGAAGGAGACCUGGACCAGGACUACGAUGGCGCCUACGUUUUUUCCCGUCUGAACGCAGGCCGGGCCAGUUGGCUUCGCCAGGCCAGCGAGGGGAAAGCCAAAGUCCACUGUGAUGCCCGCCUCUUCGGACAGAGCAUCAGCACCAAGGGAGUCGGCACGGAGGAGCGGGAGGACAUCACCCACAAUUACAAGCAUCAACCGGACUCGAUUCGAGGGAGAGAGGUGUUUUACAAGGCAUACAGGAGGAUUCACCCCAAAUUCCUGUCAGCCAGUAACUGCCAGAUAGAGAAGGAGUUACAGGCUCUCCGAAACCCAGGCCUGGACGAGGCUGACACGGUCAUGAAGUUUAAGCUGGGAAACAGCCCUGUGUACGGGGAAGACAUCAACCUGUUUUUGCAUCUGGCCAACUUGUCCCACGAGAGCAGAGAUCUCCGAUUGAAGCUGAGCGCGGAGGGGCUGACGUAUGCAGGCUGCUUCAUGGAGCCCUUCUGGACGGACGAUCUAAUCAUCAGCCUGAAGCCCAAGGCAGAGAAAAAAGUUCCACUUCAGAUAAUGUACAGUCAGUAUGGGCGUCAUCUGGGCGACCACAAUCUUCUGCGGGUCGUGGCUGUUUCAGAGCCAGGUUGUAAAGGAGAAAUCAUGCUGGUGGAUAGAGAUAUCCUGCUCCUGAAGCCCCCAGUUGAAAUUAAGCUGAGAGGCUCACCUCGACUCAACGUGCGGUGCACGGCUGAGAUCAUUUUCACCAACCCCCUGCCUGAGAGCCUGAGGAACUGUAAGCUCACCUUGGAAGGAAGUAACCUGAUGCAAAAGCCGGUGACCAUAGAAUUGGGGACUUUGGCCCCCAGGCACCAGACUCAGACCCUGGUGGACCUGAUCCCCUUCAGACCAGGCCUCCACAGGCUCCUGGCCAACUUCGACUGCCACAGGUUCAGCUAUUGCAAAGGCUAUGCCAAUGUCCGGGUGGACAACUCUCUCAUCAGUCUCGUCCAAGGACCCAGAUAG